AUGAUGCUGCUGCUAGCCCUCGGGAUCCACAAGCUGCUGCUCGGCGUCGCGUCCGCCGCGGCGGGCGGCCCAGUCUUCGGCAUACCCGCGCCGCUGGAGCGCCGGAGCGGCGACAUCAUCCGGGAGCUGGGGCCGCUGCUGUCCAAGGACGCGACCAUUGUGUUGCCCUUGUCGCCAGACGCGGAGCCACUGCUCAUCCGCGCGGCUACGCCUCGUAUCUCGCCCAACUACUUCGCCAUUGUCGAGGUCGCGACGGAGCAGGACGUCCAGCAGACAAUCAAGUACGCCAACUUCCAUGAAACGCCGUUUCUGGCCGUCUCGGGCGGCCACGGCUGGCCGACGACGCUCAAUGGCGUCGAGGCCGGCAUCCAGAUCAACAUGCGCAGAAUGAAUCACACGACACUCAGGAGGGACGGGCGUACCGCCAGCAUUGGUGGUGGCGCCUUGCAGUACGAGGUCAUUGCCGCGCUGUUUAGUCAGGGCAAGCGAGCAGUCAUGGGCCUUUGCGAGUGCGUCUCGGCCAUCGGUCCUCUCCUCGGCGGUGGGCACAGCAUGAUCCAGUGGCGAUACGGCUUCGCGGCCGAUAACCUCGUCUCGGCACGCGUCGUCCUCGCCGAUGGAAGGGCCGUAGAUGUGGCGGCAGACAAGAACAGCGACUUGUUCUGGGGUCUGCGCGGCGCUGGUCACAAUUUUGGCGUCGUCACGAGCUUCGUCGUCAAGGCUUAUAACGCGGGCGAUCCGUGGACGCUGAUCACCCUCACCUUCACGCAGGAUAAGCUCGAGUCCUUCCUUGAGACGUGGAACACGCUCGAGGAGGUGCAUCCUGACCGUGGCAUGCUGGUGGUCAACGGCAUCCUGGCCAGGAACAACGACGUAGACUCUGAACAUCCAGUGAUAAACCUGCAGCUCAUCUACGAAGGACGCAACGAUGCAGCAGAUCUCUACGCGGCGGCUUUCCGCAAGCUCAACCCGGCAGCUGAAUUGACGACCGAGGACAUUCCCUGGGGCGAUCUCUUCACAGAGGGCGGCUUCGGACUCUCGGGGCCGAUAUGCCGCAAGAACCAGAACAUCCUGGGCUAUCCCAACUCGCUGGACAAGUGGGACGCUGGUGCGAUGCGCGCCGCGUUUGGCAUCUUCUCGGACCUGACGUCGGAGGCGGCGUUCGCGACAUCGGCCAUGCUGCUCGAGUCGUACGGCCAGCAGGGCGUGCGGGCGGUUCCUGAGGGGAGCAACGCAGUUGCACCCGAGGAGCGGCGGCGGCACCUGCUCACGUCGCCGAUCCUGUGGUGGGUGGGAGACGACGCGGCGACGAGGAAGAAGGCUGAGGACUACGGCUCGCGCAUCCAGGCGGCCGUGAGGAAGGGCGCUGGGUCGGCGGAGCCUCACGCGUACGUCAACUAUGCGACCGGGCGCGAGGGCUUCGGCGAGGUGUACGGGCAUGAGGCGGCGAGGAAGUCCAGGCUGAGGGCGCUGAAGGAGCGGUGGGACCCGCACGGGCGGUUUGGGUUCUACAUGCCGAUUGAGGUCGGGCGGCAGCCGGUCGCUGCUGGCGAGAUUUGA